GCCCACAUCCCCGGAUAUUCCUCUCCUCUCCACCUCCCUCCUCGAAGCUCACCAUGCCGCCGAAUCGCAUCGAACAAGACGAAGUGGAGAAGUACUGGGAGAUCUUCAGCUCGCUCUCCCAGGGCGGGACACAUCUGGACGGCGCUCAGGCAGCCCCCGUGCUCAAGAACUCCCAUCUGCGAGACGAUCAGCUCGAGCGCGUGUGGGACUUGGCGGAUGUGGACAAUGAUGGCAAACUUGACUUUGAGGAGUUUUGUGUGGCUAUGCGAUUGAUUUUCGACUUGAUUAAUGGGAUAUCUGCCGAAGUUCCCCAAACUCUCCCAGACUGGCUCGUCCCAGAGUCAAAAGCCCACCUUGUCCAAGCCAACCGCGCCCUCUCCGGCUCACAACCUGCGUUCGAAUCCGUUGAAGACGACGACGAUACACCCGGCCUGCGCGACGGCUUCGACUGGUAUAUGUCGCCGUCAGACAAGGCCAAAUACGAAGAAAUCUACACUGCGAACCGAGACAGGCACGGCAACCUCGCCUUCGAUUCGCUCGCAGGCCUCUUCGACAGCCUCGACAACGUGCCCGACUCAGACAUACGCUUUGCAUGGAACCUCGUGAACCCCAAGGCGCGCGAAAGCGUCGGCAAAGACGCCUCCCUCGCCUUCCUCCACAUCCUCAACCAGCGCAGCGAAGGCUACCGCGUGCCCCGCAGCGUGCCGCCCAGCCUACGCGCAAGCUUCGAAAAAGCGCACAUAGACUACGACCUCGACUCGUCGGCCAACAACACCAGCAGCAGCCGUUGGGCCGCCACGCGCGACGACACGACGACGACAGGCCGCAAAGCCAAGUUCGGCGACGCAUACCUCACCCGCCUGGGCGUGGGCGACCGCGCAGCAAACUACGGCGCGCGCGCAAAGGGCACGGAUUUCGGCGGCCGCACAACAGAGGACUGGGAGGAAGUCCGGCUCAAGAAACAACUCCGCGAACUCGAGUCGAAAAUCACAGAUGUAGAGAAGGAAGCCGAGAAUAGGCGGCAUGGCCGUAGUAAAGAUAGUAAGCCGGCGCUUGUCAAGCGCGAGUUGGAGAUGUUGCUUGAUUAUAAGCGCGGCGUGUUGCGCGAGCUGGAUAAUGAUGAGGGGGGUGCGGUUAAAGGGUUGGGCGGGAUUAGAGAGGAGAUUGAGACGGUUAGGGAGCAGGUCGAGGGGUUGCAGGCGCAUUUGGAGCGGAGGAAGGAGGUUCUUGCUGAUUUAAGGAGGGGGAUUGAUGAUGAGAAGGUUAGGUGAGGGGACUGAGGUGAGAUAGACAGGAGAAAGGUGUGUGUGUAUAUAGAGGUUCAAUUACUAUGGCAUUUCAGCGGUUCAGUUUCAAGUACUUGCCUUUUGGAGUGACGAGUGAUUCUAAAAUAUGACUCUCUCCCUCUGCUUCGCGAGUAGCGUGCUAUCUCUUCUCUACCCUAUAUUGAGUGUAGAGAAGUUAUUGCGUGCUUCCUUAUUGAUAUUUCUCACAUUCUGUUUUGACAGUUGUAACUUGGACGCUCCAUGACUAUUACCCAG